UUCCCUCAUCCUGUGACUGAGCAGGUGGUCUCCCUGGCACACAGGUCCCUGCACAAAAGGAAAGAUGCUGCCCAUGCUGCCCAUGUUAAUACAUUUCUGCUGGGAACAAGCUCAGAGCAGCCACUGCCUGUGUCAGAAGGCAAAUGGGACCAAUCAACUUGUGAGCUGCUGAGUGACACUGAGAGUCCUGCCUCUGAAACUUUUGUUAUUUUUUUCCCCUCAGCCUACUUCAAUUGUUUCCACAGCUUGGUCACAGACUCGGAAAAGUUGCCAGAGAUCGGCAGGCACAUCCCACAGCCCGGAGCAAGCUCCUCUGUGCUUCACCAAGUCACACCAGGGGUGGGUGACAGCGCCAUGGAGGAUUAACAAGCAAGCUCUGCAAAGGCUGUCUAAAACAAAGAGAAGAUAUUAGGCACUUUGCACUGUUCCUGACCACUGCUCUUCUUUCCUGCACUCCUAAAACCUCUGAUUUGUGCCCUCUGCUUUCCUGUUGCCAUGGAGAAGGUGCAACACAUGACCCGCUCCGCUCUGAGGAGAGCCUCAACUAUUGAGGUCAACCCACAAGCACGCCAAAGGCUCCAGGAGCUCUUUGUGAAUUUCUGCCUGAUUCUAAUUUGCCUCUUGCUGAUCUGUAUCAUAGUGAUGCUUCUCUGAAGUUCCAGCACGUCUCUGCCCUGUCCUCUAGGAAAGUCACCCCAGGGGGAAGAGAGACCUACAUGUGCCAACUCCCAGUGCAAGGAUCCUCAUGUGACAGGGGCUAGCACUUGGACUAGAGAGUGUGCCAACCAGUGCUCUGCUAUCUUACUGCCUGCUCGUGUAUUAAAAACACAUUUUCUGUGCAGAACAGUGUUUAGAGCCUGUAGUUACCAAGUUGUGCGUGACUCAAUUUGUCCGUCUCAACCAAGAGAUGUCUCUCCUACAUGGGUUAAAGUCUCAGUAAAUCAGAUUAUCUGCUCAAUCAGUAACAGCCAGCAGCUGGUAAUUCAAAGUUUUAGUCAGCUAAACACCAUAAUCACUUUCUGGGGGCCUAAGUCUUUUUAGGUUUCUCUGAAAAUCCUUAAGCCCUUGGAAGGGUUCCAAAGAAGAGCUUACAGGUACACAGCCCUCAACACAUCCUGGGAAAAUUUAUGCUCUGCUCAGUUCAAAGUGCUGCAUCUCUGCAUUAUCAGCUAAAGGCAAUCAAAUUGCUUUAGUGGUUUAUAAAGGAAUAUGAGAACGAACCAAAAAUCUCUUCUAACUCAGAAAGAAAAAAACUAGUUCAUAUGUUUUUCUCUCUAUUUAAGGGAUCUUAUAUAUGUGACAUCUGGCAAGAUUUUUCAUUAUGUUUUGCAGAAAAAAAUUGACACUGCCAUAACUGAAAUAAAAAAUAUUGUUUUCCAUAGUAAUUUGAUUGACAUGACAACUGGCACAACUUGGAUUCUCAGAGUUCUUAACAUUUGCCUUCAGACAACUUAAUUAGGGACUGUUCUUAUUUAUGUACUAAUUUCCUUAGUUUAAAACUACAAAAAACUUGGAACUUACCAAUGUCACAUGAGGUGCCUUACACCUGAUGUGGCAAAGUGAAAAGUCUAGGCCAUCAUUACUGUUGUGACUGAAGUGUAUGCAUACAAAUACAAGUAACAUCCCCAUCUUCAACUGCAAAUUCCUGCUAGAGAACAUGAAAGUGCUUUCCUAAAAUAAAUGACAAAUUAAAAAGCUCAUUGUAAACAAUUAUGCACAGGAAGGAAAAGCAUUGCAGAAAUAUCUUUUCAACAUGUAAACCAUGGGCUAUACACAUAAAAGAUGACACUUCUGCUCCAGAAAUUGUGAGCAACAAGACUGAGUAGAAGACUUCCAACCCUAAUUACCCUAUUACAUGUUGCUGGUAUUAAGCAAAAUCCCCAGAAAUUUGAUACACUUUUCAAAUUUAAAGAAAGCUUAAGAAUCAACAGAGGUCAGACAGACAUCUAUUUUUUAAAGAGAUACUCUUCUAUUCCAUUCUAUGUAAACAUUCUUAUUAAUGAAUACAGAAAAAUCAAAAUAAGUUUGUCUUGUAUUCUGCCUUUAAGACUUAAUAUUUCAUUAGUAGAAGUUGAUAAUAAACAGCUGAGCAGGAAGGGAAGAAAUCUUUGAAAAAACUCUGUAUUCAAUGGAAUGCAAGCAAAUCCAGUGGUGAAUUUCCUAUUUGGUGAGUAGGUAUGUUGAGACCAGACUCUGAAGUAAGGUUACCCACAGGAAGAAAAAUUAGGAUAGCUGCUUGUAUGAGGAUUAGGGUGAGCACUGGUGAGACUGGCAACACAUCCCCACACUUGCAAGUUAGAAUUAUGAGCAUCACUGAUUUGAACUGUCAGUGUAAAUCUCAAUGUGCAUUUCAUGCAUUCUGACCACUCUCACAAAUGCAUGAGAUUUCAGCAAGCAUACUUCCCCCUUUAAUCCUUCUUGCUUUUCUUCUCUUUUCGAAUCUGUAUUUUUGUGAUGGAUAGAGUUUCUAGCUUUAGUUUGCUUUGGAAUGUGUUUCAAGAGACUUCAACUGGAAAUAGACAGUUUUACAGUACUGAAAACCUGCUGAAGAAAGAAGUGUUAAGAGUAAAGCAUCAGCACUGCAUUCUGAGGACAUGCUUGGGUUAGAGGUUUCAUAAGCCAAUAAUUUAAAGGAGUCAGAGUAAAGCAUUGCUAAAAAAUGUAGCCCAAUAAAAACAAACCCUCCAAUUUCCUUUUAUGUACCUGAAAAUCCAUAACUUAUUUUAAAACAAUAACCAAACAAGAACAAAACCAAGUUAUCAAUAAACAGGAAGCUGUACUGCUAUUUUACAGCAAUGUGCAUAUAUUGCAUAUAUUGUAUGGUUCAUAGGUGUCUUAGACUUCUGUUGAUCAAAAAAUUUGUUACUAUCCUCUAUAUCACCAACUAUCAACCGAACCCAGAAAUUUCAAAAAACCUCAUUUGUACAUAAUACAAUCUUCUUUGUAGACUUAUCAAGUUUUGAAAAUAAUAGCUACAGUAUUUGUAUUUAAUAAAAGGACUGCUUGAAAAAUAUUAAUGCAUAAAAUAUAACCAAUUGUUUAGAAAGAAGCAUCCAUUCUAUUACUUACUCAUUUAAGUUAUGUGAAAAGAAACUAGUCAUCACACAGCUUUCUAAUUCUCUAAAUCUCUAUUUACUCUGCUUUGGUUUUCAGGAGUAAUCUUGACUAUUUUGCAAUGUGCAGGUCACUUACAUGUAGCUAGAGCUUGUAACUAUUCCUAAAUAAUUUUCUGUGAAUGUAAUCAAAAAGUUUAGCACUUUUAUGUGUCAUAAUAAAAAUAGCAAACAUGUACAGCACAUAACUUGGAUUAUGUUUUUAGUUCUCUGCUCCACUCCACCCAAGCCUAAAUCUUUUUCCUAAGGUCAUCUUACAUACCAGUAGUGAAUAAAGACAGCUAAACAGGCAACAAUUUGGUAUUAAUCUUCCUCCAAAAAAAAAAAUUACCAACUUCCAUGACAAUUUUAUACUGGGAAGGAGCUGAAUCAGGAAUUGGUUCAGUUGGUUUUAAAGAUGUAUUUCCUCAGCCAGCUCCUCAGCAAAAAAUGAUACAAUGAUUGAUUUAAUAAUUGAAUAGGUGAUAUUAUUCUCUAUGUGAAAACAUGACCCAUUUAAAAAUUGAAACUUUGCUCUGACCAAGACUAGUCAGAAGGUGUUUUAGAAGGCAUCAGAUACUUGCAUUUCUUUAAUAACUGUUCUACAUCAAUUUAGAAACAACUUCCCUUCCUGUAAGAACUGAAUCACUCAUUGGACAGACAAGAGUAAAACAGCCUUAAACAAAAUUAUUCACACGACAUGCACAAAAUGCUUGUCACCCCUCUGCACAAAAAUUUUUAUGGAAGUUUUGCUACAAUUACACCAAUGGCCAAUGGUAUAACUAGGCCAGUGGUAUCCUGGCAUGCAUUAGGAAGAGGAUUCCCAGCAGGCCAAGGGAAAUGAUCCUGCCCCUCUACUCCACCCUAGUGAGGUUGGAGUGCCAUGCCCAGUUCUGGGCUCCUCAGUACAACAGAGACAUGGAGCUCCUGCAGCAGGUCCAGCAGAGGAUGGCAAAGAUCAUUAAGGCACUGGAGGAGUACUUCUGUUAAGAGCAAAGCCUGAGGGAGCUGGGCCUGUUCAGCCUCCAGAAGUGACUGAGGUAGGGGACCUUAUCAAUGUCUGUCUGAAGGGGGUGCCAAGAGGAUGGAGCCAGGCUCUGCUGGGUGCUGCCAACCAGCAGGACAGGAGGCAAUGGACAGAAACUGAUGGACAGAAAGUUCCAUGUGAAUGUGAGGAAGAACUUUAGCGCAGGAGACUGUGCACUGGAACAGGUUGCCCAGAGAGGCUGCGGAGUCUCCCUCAUGGGAGUUUUUCAGACACCCCCUGGACACAAUCCUGUGCCAUGUGCUCUAGGAUGAUCCUGCUUGAGCAGGAAGAUGGUAGUCCCCUCCAACCUUAUCCAUUCUGGGAUACAGACAGAACAAUAAUCAUAAAAAAUGGUCACACUUUUUUAUGUAUCCUGAAACAUACUUUACUUAUAUCCUCUCUGCCAAAAUUAGAACGGAGUAAUUGAAUACAUUCAUUUAGAGAGUGUUCCCAUUUAUAUUUGGAAGCAUAUAAACACUCUAUAGAUUACAGACCAGAUACCUGUAUUUGUAUGGCUAUUAAUGAAUAGUGCCUAGGAGAAUACAAUUGGAAAUUUUUGGUGUGAAAUCCUGCAAGAUCCAGAGAUGUGUUAUUUAACAACAAAUGUAAUCCUUUUAGCUUUGACCUCCAUGAUAAAAAGUGGGGGAAAAAAAGAAGAAAUUAACAAACCAAAACCCAGAACAUAUUUAUAAGGAUUCUUUUAAGAACUAAUGCUACCCUCAAUAAGAACCCUGGUAAUUUAAAUUAAUUAACACAGGCCCUAUAUUUACUGUAGUAAUAUUUAAUUGAUUGCUUUAUAAGCUUUUUCUUUCUUUAAAGGCAAUAUUAUGCCAGAAGUUACACCUUUGUAUAAGAUGUAAAACUAUAAAAUACUGCCCUCUUGUGAUCUUCCCUAAAAAUGUAGCUGAUUAUUAAAAGCAAGUUUUGGCAACUGUUGGCAGUAUUAGGGUUAAGUGGGUUUAUAUAUUCCUUUUACUCAUGUA